UAUACAGCUGUUUUUUAUAAUUUGUCACAGAAUCUGAGGGAUUUUGUGUGUAUUAGGUGAUGGUAAUCUGCAGUCAUCCCAUUCAAUCAUGUCCCAUAAAAUAUCCAAGUGCCAAGUUUUGCUGCACCAACUCCCUGCAGCUGCCGUGGGGAGGGGCUGGUGUGCCAUGCCAAGCCUCGCUCAAGUGUGUGCUGAUGCUGGCAGUGUGAAGUGUGAAGUUUUGGAUGCUGGGGCUGCCUCCUCAGCCCCUGAAGUUCCAAUUGGGAACAUCAAGGAGGAGCUGUUGGAUGAAAUGGAGAUUAUAAGUGUAAAGGAUGAACCAUUCAAUUAUGAUGAAAAGGCAUGUGAGCCUCCCAGCCCUGGUUGUGGGGACCCGCUAGUCCCUCCUCCCCCGCUGUGUGUGCCCUGCAAGAGGGAAGCGCCAAGUGAGGCUCGUGAGUCUCCCCACGCCCCCCAACAACCCUCAGCCAUGGCAGGGGUGACAGAAAAACAGCCAUGUGCUCCUUGGAAGGAUGUUCCCAGUGAGGCUGUCAUGGGCAUCAGUGCAUCAGGAGUGUGGGGUGUUGGCGUGCAUAUUUUGUAUGGUUUGUCUCUGCAGCAGCGGCUGGUGGCGGUGGCCACGUCUCUGCAGCAGCGGCUGGUGGCGGUGGCCACGUUUCUGCAUCAUCCAGCUCCAAGCAUCUCUCCCAGCAGCUGCAGCGACAUAUUCCUGAUAAACAUGCACGCAAGAGAACCUUUCACUACGUAUUAUUGGCUAGAUGCUGAAGAGAUGAACGGAGACGCCGAAUUUGCAUCAGCAAAAUCGCACGAGCAAGACCGCCCCAUGACGCUCAUCCAGGGUACAGCAUGCAAGGCUUUAGCUUAG